AUGCUUUUAAUAUAUUAACUUCAAAGAAUAAGAAGAUAUAUAGUUAUUUCACUCAAUUUUUCCAAGCAAUACAAAAAACAAACUGCCGAUGUUCAGUUCAACAUAAUUAGGUUAGUAGAAAAAUAACUUUCAAGUUCUGGUUCAGAAUCGGCAGCUUUUCUCAUUAUAAUUUUCAGAAGGGUUUGGCUUAAAAAGCUAACCAAAAUUUCUCUACUUUAUGAUAUAAGAGAGUCUGAUGAAAAUAAGGUAUCCAUUGAUUUAAUGAGUUUAUAUUAGUUCAUGAACAUUGAGUUUUAAAAUAUUAUUGAGUCUGGGACUUAAUUGACUGUUUGA